GGGCCGGGACCGGAAGCUCUGCCCGCCCGACGCGGGCGCCCCGAAAGCCUGGGCGCCCGCCGCGAGCUCCGAGCCCCCGGUGCUCCGCACCAGGAUGCCCGCACACUACGCGGAGCGCAGCGCCCACGCGUCCCCGCGCGGGGACUACUUCCUCAGCGGCAGCGAGGACCAGGACGAGCACCUGCUCGGAAG